AUGUCUGGAAAAUCUGUCCCCCAAUCUUCUGGUCGCCGAGCUGGCUCCCAUAUCCCUCUUCCUGACGAGGAUGUUAAAAAGAUUAUCCUCGAACUCCCGGAAGUCCUCUCUACCACCUGGGAUCCAAACUACGGUGUGUGGGACAAGGCUACGGUUGAUAACUUUGAAAGUUGGGAUGAGGUUUACUUUCAAACCUUGAAGAGCCACAAGGAAAAACGACUUCUUUCGAUUCCUCCGGUUGUCCAACGCUUGCUCGGCAUCAACUCGGACGGUGAACGACGUCUGGAAGUUGAAUCCCCGACCACAUACAAGAAUCCUGCUUUACCUACGGAUGGAUCUGUCGGUCAAACUCCGGCUGCACCCCCAGCCAACACAAUGCCCCCUGCUCCUGGGAAGAAGACCUCCUCUUUGUUCGAUAAGAAGCAACAAGAAGCUCCUACCGACAAAGGUAAGACUCGCGCCAACAACAAAGCAUCACAGUCUUACCCCCUUACUGGUUACGUUCCACGUGAACAGAAAUCAGUCUCGGCCUCUUCUAUGGAACCUAUGGACGACGUUCUCAACGACCAAGAUUAUCACCGUCAAGAGUCCAAGCCACUCGUCAUUGAUCCAAUUGAAGAUCCGAACGAGGUCGCCGCCUUUUGUCAAUGGAAGGCUGCCUCUGAAGCCGAAAGAACUCGACUCUCUCGACGCAUCGAAAGUGUCACUCUGUCGGAUUCGACAAUCAUCCCUAACCCUGUUUCGACGCCGGCUCAACAGCCCAUCCGCCAAAUCACGGUUAGAGAUUCGGUGGGUCCUUCUGUCCGACCUGGAACUCAGCCCGGUUUCACCAGUUUGACUCGAUAUUCUCAGCCACCUGAAGCUGGAAUUUCCCGUGAUAAAGAUUAUCACAAAAUUUGCAAGACACUGGCCAUUCGAAAAUUCGAAAAAUUCGACGGUACCAGUUCUUAUGACGCCCCACUUUGGUUUGCUAAUUUAGCCAAAGACCUCAUGCUCCUCAACGUUGAUGAAGCAGUAUGGCAUUACAUUGGAUUUCAGUUUCUCGACGGUGCUGCUUUAACUGAACUUCGUCAAGUUAUCGGAUCACCAAAUUGUCCUAGCACCUAUUCUGAAUUGGAAGAUUUCGUAAUCAAUGCGUUCCCCAGUUCGCUCUCCCUUAUCAACAUCCAGGGGAGAUUCGAUAACUUCAAAUUCCGUCCGAAUGAGAAGGUCUGUGAUGUGGUCGCCCGUUUUCGAGUUCUCCAAAACGAUGCUAUCUACUUAGGAUUCGAAUAUCAAGAAUCCACGGUUUUCCUCAACAAAUUACCUCCUUAUCUACGCAGAUACGUUCAAGGUGAAAUAGAGCACGAUUCGAGAGCUGGGAGACCUAUGACGUUUUCGCAGGUCACUUUAUGUGCUAUUGAUAGAGACAACCAACUACGAUCUGAGAAGGACCAUGUUAAUACCGUUUCGACUCCUCAAAAUCAUUCAUCCAACAAUAAGAAGAAUAACAAGCGGAAGAAUCCGGAAGGUGGCAAGUCUGACGUGGUCUGUUACAAUUGUGGGAAGAAGGGUCAUCGUUUUGGCACGUUGGUUAAUCAGAUUUGUCCUGAAAAAGCUUCACCGCGUACCUUAAAUUAUUUUAAGAAAAAUAAAGGUAGCGGUUCUUCUUCUAAUGCCGUGGCUAGUGGCUCUGGGGAGUCAAAAGCCUAG